AUGGUAAAAGAGUUGACGACGACAUCUGGAAACUGGAAUGAGGAGCUUAUAUAUCUACUUUUUGAUCAGUUUACUUCAGUGAAAAUACUCAAGAUCUACAUCAACAUAUAUUCUAAAAAUAAAAUGAUCUGGACAUUUACAACACAUGGAGAUUUCACCACGAAGUCAUUCCAGACCCAUCUCAACUCUAUUGCAGGAGGACCGUAUAACCUCAAUGAUACUACUUUCCCUUGGAAAAUAUUUUGGGCAGUUAAGAAGCUUGCUCUAAAAGUCCAUAACUUCAUGUGGAUACUUCUACAUAAUGGCAUUGAGGUAGCACACAAAGUAGGUAGAUUCGUAGAAGGAGUCCCAAUUGAAUGUCACUUCUGUAAUGUGGCAGAUGAGACGGCAGACCACCUAUUCCUGCACUGUCCUUUUGCACAAGCAAUCCUGUUUGCCUCUCCACUUGGUCUCAGACUCGACAACAAUGAGGUAACUAUAGAAACUCUUGUAGCUAAUUGGUUACUACUUAAAGAUGAUGAUUAUCACUUCUGUUUGGGGUCAAACUUAUUUUGGGCAAUAUCGAAAGCUAGAAACACUUUAGUUUUUGAGAGGAAACAAGUGUAUAUUGAUGCAGUUUUACAACAGGGUCAUUAUUGGUUCAAUCUAUAUUAUAAAGAAAAUUAUGAUCCCAUGAUUCAAUCACAUCCCCAAGAGCAUACUACUACCCCAGCACAUGAAAUGAUUAGAUGGUCUCCACCAACAGAGGGCACGAUAAAGAUCAACAUUGAUGCAGCCAUAAAGAAUUGGAGAUCUUCAAAUGCAGCUGUUACCAGGGAUCACCAAGGGGUAUUAAUCGGUGCAGAAACAUCUAUCAGCAAUUAUUGUAUCCCCCUCAUCGCUGAAGCCAAUGGAUUUGUACUUGCUGUUAAACUGGUCAACAGAAUGGUCUUCGAAAAAUUUGUUAUUGAAAGCAAUUCUCUUACUAUGAUUCAAAUUCUCAAAGGAGAGUUAACUAGGUUUCCGUGGAGGAUUAUCAGCAUUUUAAAUGAGCUCAGAACUGCCACCUCCAGAUUUCCUCAAGUAGAGUAUAACUUUAUGUCGCGAAGAGCUAAUGAUACUGGUCAUAUACUCGCUAAAUUCGUUGUCAAGCAUAAUGUCCACGAGUUAUGGACAUCUUCCCAACCUCCUUCAUGUAUAUCCAGCGCUCUUCUCGCUGAUGUUGUCUAG